CUAACUUUAGCCAUGUUCCCCGCCGUUUCAUUUGUUUGACACUUCAUGUGACAGCUCGUCGUCCUGUGUGACAGUCAGACGGACUAUUGUGUCACAUGCUGGCUCUUCUAGCAGCCGAACAGUAACACUUUCCAUUCAGAAACACGCCGACGAAGCGAGCGAGCAUCACCUGGCUAGCUGGUUAGCUUUCAGGAGAAUAACGUCGCUGUGAGACGAAGCUUCUAUGACCUACGAUUGUCCGCCCUGAUCAGAGGAUGUAUCCACCUUCCAGAAAGGACUUCAUCUCUCUGACACUCAGUGACCCUCACAGUAACGCUUACAACAACGGCAAACACCGGAGACAGUCCUGCUGGCGGAAAUGGAAGCAGCUGUCUCGGCUCCAGCGAAGCCUCAUCCUCUUCCUGCUGGCUCUGCUGCUCAUAUUUGGGCUGCUGUCCUAUCCCAGCAUCGCAGAGCAGUGGAGAGGGAUAUCCGACAGGGAGGACUGGCUGGAGCUGAAUGACAGAGAGUUAAAUGCCGCUCCUCCAGUGUUGGGUCCAGCAGCCGCAGGUAAAACUCCAGCUCCUGUGGCGGGGCCGCAUCUGGGGCCAGCUGUGGUCCCAGAUGUUGCCGUUCCAGACGCUUUGGCUCCAGAUGCUGUGGAGGAGCUUAAAGGACCAAACAUACCCAUCUUGGCAAAACCUCCCAUUAAGAAAAAGCCGUUCCCAAGCAAGAGAGGUCCACCGAGCCUGCAGAAAGGUGGAAAUGUUUCAGAUACAGCUGGUCGGGAAAAGCAAGAACAAGAGGUGGUUCAAGAUGAAGAAGGAGAGGAAGAGGAUAAAGAAAAGAAGAUUGUUAGCUGGAGAGGAGCAAUGAUUGAAGCCGAUCAGGCCACAGAGCCUCCACCCUCAGCCAUUGAGAAAGAAGCUGCGGCGCCCCCAGCACCAGCCAACCCUGCUGACACCGUCUCACUGACAGUUUCACCCGGACCUGUGGAUAGAUUGGAGGCGGUACGAGACACCUUCAGGCAUGCGUGGAAAGGCUAUAAGGACUACGCCUGGGGUCACGAUGAGCUCAAGCCCAUCUCCAAGUCUUUCGGCGAGUGGUUCGGACUGGGUUUGACGCUCAUUGAUUCUCUGGACACCAUGUGGAUUAUGGGCUUGAAGGAAGAGUUUGCAGAGGCAAAGGACUGGGUCGAGAAAGAGCUCACCUUCCAGAAAAACGUGGACGUGAAUCUGUUUGAGACAACCAUCCGUGUCCUCGGAGGCCUGCUGAGCACCUACCACCUAUCAGGAGACCAACUCUUCCUAGAUAAAGCUAAAGACCUCGGGUCCAGGUUGAUGCCCGCUUUCAAAACGCCCUCAAAGAUCCCGUUCUCAGACGUCAACAUCGGGAAGGGAACAGCCCAUCCCCCUCGAUGGACAUCGGACAGCACGCUGGCUGAAGUCACAAGCAUUCAGCUGGAAUUCAGAGAGCUGAGCCACCUCACUCAGGAGCCGCUGUACCAGGAGGUUGUGAACGAGGUAAUGAAGCUGGUCCACAAGCUGCCAGGCAAACAUGACGGCCUGGUGCCCAUGUUCAUCAACACCAACAGCGGCCAGUUCAGCCACAAAGGAGUGUUCACACUUGGCGCCCGGGCAGACAGCUACUAUGAAUACCUGCUCAAACAGUGGAUCCAGGGAGGAAAGACAGAAGACGACUUGUUGGAGGACUACCUUCAGGCUAUUGAAGGAGUGAAAAAACACCUUGUGAGACAAACGGGACCCGGCAGAUUGACCUUUGUUGGAGAGUUGUCACAUAACCGCUUCAAUGCUAAAAUGGACCACCUGGUGUGCUUCCUGCCAGGAACCUUGGCGCUUGGGGCCCACAAUGGCCUCCCGGGGGACCAUAUGGAUCUGGCUGUGCAGCUGAUGGAGACCUGUCACCAGAUGUACAAACAGAUGGAGACUGGAUUGAGCCCGGAGAUCGCACAUUUCAGCCUGCAAGCCAGUGAUGGGCAUGACAUUAUUGUCAAGCCUGCAGACAGACACAACCUGCUGAGACCAGAAACGGUGGAAAGUCUUUUCUACAUGUACAGAUAUACCAAGGACACAAAAUACCAAGAUUGGGGAUGGGAGAUACUGCAGAGCUUCAAUAAGUACACAAAGGUCCCCGAUGGCGGCUACACGUCCAUUAACAACGUCCGUGACCCCAUUAACCCCGGGCCCCGUGACAAGAUGGAGAGCUUCUUCCUGGGCGAGACGCUCAAGUACCUGUACCUGCUCUUCUCUGACGACUUGGAGCUGCUCAGUCUAGACAAGUACGUGUUCAACACAGAGGCCCAUCCACUCCCCAUAUGGCCCUCUCCACCAAAGUGAUGUGACCAUACAGGGAGACAUCUAUAACGAUCAGGCCCACAGAGUCCUGUACGAGUCGAUGACUGCUGAGUCAGCCAUGUCUCCAAGCAACCAUCCAGACCGGACUGCUGUGUUUAGCAGUGAAGCAGAUCUGUGCCGUCCACCUGUAUUUUGAUACUUUUUCCAUGUGGAGGAAUUUAUUUUGGAUUUUUUUAUUUUUUCCUAAGGAAAAGGUUUGUGAUAGAGCUGGUCUCUAAUGUAAAAAAAAAAAAAAAAAAACUUUUGUAAAAAUCAGUUUGGGCUUUCUGGGGCUAACAGGAAGCAAGAAACAAGAUGGUGGAAAGGCUUUAUUACUUGAGCAGCUUGGAUUGUUUCCUUUUUGUACGUAUGUAUGUGAUGGAAGCUCUCAUUCAUCCUACAUACUGUAGUGUAUGCACUAUUUAUACACUAAUGUUUGAAGGUUCACUAACCAAUCGUGGAACUGUAUAAGAAAGCUGAUCAGAUGAAUUUCUAUUUAAACAGAUUGCUCGAGGCGAGGAAUCACUUACUACUCAUUAAAGUCUUUGCUUUGGCUACAUUCAGUGCACUUAAAGUAUGAAAGAUACUUUUAAAAAGUUGAAAUAUUUAAUCCCUCUAGAGAAAUCAUCUCCUGUAUUUGUCCAUUCAUAAGUAUUCAGGAGCAGCAGGCAGCUACAGCGCAGCGUAGCGUACAGGGACCACUUUCAUUUCUGAGGUCAGUUGUAGUUGUAAAGCAGAGAGAGUGUUCCUAAAACCUAACAUGCAUCUUUAAUUAUAUAAAGACUUGUUCAAAUAUUAGGAAACUAAAGAUCACAAACCUCUUUUUUCCCCCACUGCUUAUUUUCUGAUCAGUCCAGCCUCCAGAUGUUGAGCUCAGUAGAUUCUCAUCUUUUAGGCCACCACAUUAAAACACUUUGCUAUAAUUUAAAAGCCUCAGAAUGCAUCACAGUUCAACUUCAAAUGGAUUAUUUUAGGGCACUACUGUCGCAUAUGUAGCUGUGAUUCAUAAGACACUAACAGAUAAGUUAAAUAUGUUAAAGCUUACUGCACAUUCACACCUCUUUAUGUUUUUGAAGGGAAGUCUGCUUGUUUUUAGGUCAUGUCUGUAUGACCUAAAUAUAUAAAAGUAAAACAGAUCUACUGUAUAGAGUUAUAAUGAAUGAAUGAGUCCUAAAUGAUGUGUGGGUUUCACAACAUUAUGACAGCUUGUUUUAUUGAUGAAUGUAGACCUUUUUUAUUAUUAUUAUGUUUUUUUUUAUGUUAGGUUUGUGCUUGUUAGAAGGUACGUUUACAUGCAUUCUAGUAACCCACUUUUGAAUCUGAUCCUGGUUUUGAUCACAUUCAGGAUGUGAUGUGUACAUGAACUCAGAUCCUAACAUGAUGGAGGUUUCUGAUCUUCAAAGUCUGGAGUUAAAAAGCCACUUUGGUCUCUGGCUGCCAGGAUUUCACCACUCUGCUAGAUUAGCUUGACUGUAAGUGGAAUACUAGCGUGCAUGUAAACACCCUCAGUGAGUGUAAUACUAAUUUAACAUUACAUGAAGGAAAAUGAAUCAAGGCUGCCAUGCAGUCUUAAACAUUUUCAUUUACUGUGGAGUUAACUCAAAAUAAACCAACCGGGAACACGAUCACUUCCUGUGUCAGGAACAGUACACAUGCAGCCGCUCAUUCAUCCUCUUUUUUAUCUCAGUGCCAGCAUGUUUUAAGAAGUGAACUUUGCUGAGUUGUUUUCUUUACACUUGAAGGAAUUUGAUUCAUUGCUGUUUGGUGUUCCCUGACUCCACCCGUCCAACAUUGAUGUAGAGCCGUGUGGGAGCGCUUGUUUUCCAUGCGGUAACAUUGAAAAAUCAAUUUGAAGGACAUAUCUGUAGCUGCUGUGUUGAAGAUGGUUGAAUCCACUUUUUUUUUGUUAUCGUGCUAUAUCGCCUUCACUUCUUCAAUCCAAGGUUUGGAUCAUUUUUCCCACAAUGAAGACAGACAGUGAAGUGAACCAUCUCUUCUUAUUAAGGAAACUAGCGUCUAACAGAGAGCCAUAUACUAACCCACAUCACUGAAUGUGCACUACAUUUUGCCAAUGCGCUGCUGUGCCUAUUGAAAUGUAUAUCGUGCUACGGUGGUUUGUUUCUGUUUUUGUUUUUUUUCUUUUUAUUGCUGCUGCAUCAGUGGUGUUUAUUUGUGAUGUGCUCUUGAGUGGAAGUCUGAUUUACGGCUCGUAUUUUUUACUCCAGACGGGUGAGCCACAAAAACAACACAGAUGUAAAUAUUUAGUGUAAACUCUUUCUAACCUGUCUGUUGAAUCAAAUGUGCACCUGCUGAUUAUUGAGCCCUUUCUGGUCUUCAUUUUAUAUCAAACAGCAUUAAUGUGUGGAGACUGAUGUCAGGUAAAUUACUGAUUUUCUUCCUAUUUUUUUUUUUUUAUCUCUUCUGCUUCACAACAACAAGGGGAAAUUUGAAUAUCCUAAUUAAAAAAAAAAUACAUUUUGAAAAUGAACAUCUGUUUUACAACUUUAAAAUGAGUCAUUCACAGUAUUCCAUGCUUUAUUAAAGUGAUUUAAAUUGCUGGUGCGUAAGGAAUGGUAAUUGGCUGAAUAAUUUAUUACAGAGCUGGGAAAAGGCUAAACAACACAGGAGCUUCAUGUGUCUCUGUUCACUUUGAGUGUUAAUGGGACCACAUUUAACCCACAAUUGACGGGUAAAGGAAGGGUUAAUGGUGCUAAAAGUGCCAUUAGGUUAUAUGUUGUAUAAUCUAGUGUAGAUUGUUAGUGUUGGUGUAACUUUCACAUACAAACUACUCUGGGUAUUUUUCAAACAUGAUGCUGCUGGUAAAAUAGCCGCUGGAUUCAUGUCUAAAGAUUGAAGCCAUUCCAUCACCAGAUCACCUGCGUGAUGAGUGAGGAAACCAAACUGAGUCAUUGCUGAAUAACUGGAAUUGAUGAGUGAAUAAGAUAUAUAGCAGGUUUUGGAUGCUCGGGCAAUAUCAUGAGAUUUGUCUACAAUAAGAAGAGCUUCUGUUAUUGCCAGUUUGUCCUUCAUCACAAUGAACAUUUCAGACGGUGCCAAAAAAAAAAGUCAAAUAUGUCUUUUGAAGAGACUUAUUCUGUUCUGAGACACCGAUAUGAUGUCUCCACCGUGCUCCUGAUGAUGAUGAUGAUGAUGUAAGAAAAGCAGCUUAUCUUGACUUACAUUCAUUUGUAUUGGCGUCAUAAACCAACAUUAACAUGCAGUGAACGUCAGGCUCCUCACCUCCAUAAAUACUCAUGUAUAAUUGGCUCUCAUAUCUUUGGCAGGAAUCAGCCUUUGUCAGAUAUUCAUGAUCAUUAUUUUGUGUUAAGAGACUGAUACUAACAGAAAAGAUAAAAGGCCAGAAAUGACUCAUUAAACUCCCCUGUGAGCUCCCACACAAGCUAUUUAAAUUCACUUCACAUUAUUUUAUGUAGUAAUUAUUUUUCACAGCUGAUUUUUUCCCCCCAUAUUACAAUUAUGAUUAAUAAUCUUAAGAAAAUUAGGUAGUCGGAUCCCUUUUUUUUUAACUGUAAUGGUCAGAAAAUUGAGUUUAUAAUUGUUUUUGAAGCAAAUAAAGAGUUUAAUGUUCAGUAUUUGAUUAAAAAUGAAGGAGUUUGUCCAAUUAAAUGCUUUUAUCACCUGAUUGGCUGCAUCUUCCACUUGUGAUGAGGAUGAUAAAUGUUAUUAAUAUUAUAGUUAUGAACUCAAGCCAUAGCAAAAUGACAACUUUACUAUUUUUACAUAGAUGUGGGUGACAAAGCAUCAGUGUUGUGACCCUGUGUGAGGCGCGGAUCAAUAUAUUUGUGAGGGUGUGAUGGAUUAAUUGAGCCAUACUAGGGGUUAAAAAAAAUAAAAUAAAUCCACAUCUUAACACAGCGGUCGAUAACUCUUCUGAAUAUUUUUGAAGACGAUGCAAAAUCUUUAAUUUUCAGUUUACAGAGCAGACACAGUCUAAAAAGUUUGUGUUACUUUUCAUGGUGCUGUGUUUGCAAAUGUUUGUCUCUGCUGAUUCCAGGCCAUUUGUCGAAUCCGCACUCACUGUACAGACUGAUUCUGCACUUUGUAACUCGAGUUGUGGCUUAUUGCAAUGUUCACCAAAAUCAAGCUUUUUUUUCCUGCCUAAAAUAUACGUUUUUGAAUAAAGAUUUUCAAUGAAGUGUUUGAACUUUACCUUUCCCCCCCCCCCCCUGAAGAAGAUUCAAGACCUCAGUAUGUUUCAAAAGGAUUAGUCUGACUCUCUCAAUGAAUUCUGUGU